CUCAAAGGAGGACUCUUCGGUUCGAGUUUUAUAUUAGAUCCAGAACGUCCAUAGCUAUGUAUAGGAACGUGCUGAUAUCAAGAAGAAUGGAUUGGUCUACUUGCGGGUCGGUAGUUGCGGUUCUACAAUAGAGCUGACAUAGAAGUUGAAUGCGGCGCCAGGUGUCAGAAAGAGCGUGUCUGAGCUGGGAUGAUAUAUUCCGAGUGGCGAAAUGGAAAUUUCUGGCGCUUUAGUCACAAAGAUGCAAAAAUCACAAGACAAAAUCAUUAUCACUAUACUGAAAAACUUCUGGCUGCAGGAGGAAGACUAAAAGCAUUGCGAUUACUUACCACAGAAGUUCAAGCUGUAAUAGUUAAACUUGACGGAGCAGGAGGUAUAGUAUGUAACUACAAAGCUAUCGAGCGCAGUGUGUGAGCCAAGAAUUUUUCUUCACACGCGAUUGGCUCUGGUUCAAUUCUUCGAGUACUUCAGGGAAGUCGACGUCAAGAACCAUGAGAGGGUCAACGUCUACACUUGCGUCUUCACCAGAAGAGCUCGUGAAGGAGGCGACAGCGAUGCAUAGGCACCUAGAGGUUCGCAUGGAGGAGCUAAGGAAGAUGGCGGCGCGAUCAAAAGCUUAAGGCUUUCCCUAACGCAUCGCCAGAAGCAUCUUAGUUACUUGAAGCUGUCCUUUAAGGGGGAGACAGCUUUACGAGGAGUCCCGGGAUGGAUUAGGGUGAGUUCUAAAAAGCCUCGAGCUACAGUGCGGCUUCGUCGUCAAGUGGCGGGGGGUACAACAGCCCGUUAGCGUAUGGAAAGAGCACGGGGAACACGACAAGUGAAGACAGUAUGUCGCAACAGGCUCAAGCAUACGAAACCGCAACUGAGACGUGCCUCCGCGAUUUUGAGAGCCUGAUUGAUAGGUUAGCGACGGCGUGGGCACACGACCACCGAACAACGACUCAAAUGAAGCUGAGAAGGUGAGAACAACUCUUGUUUCCGAAAUUAAUAAAUACUCAACAUUCAUAGGUAGAUCAAGCAAUGACGUCAGCAAUCAUUUCAAUUGAUGUUCCAAUAAAUUGUCCUUUCUAAAUCUUCAAGUUCCUGGGGUUAGUACUUUGGCUAUCUUUGUAUUUACGUCUAGAAAAGAACUUUAUGUACCGGGGUACGUCCGUCUCUACAUGACCAUUGGCGGCAUAAUUGAGUGAUUCAACUACAUCCCAGGUUCCGAGAUCAGUAUCGAGACCUACACUCAGAUUUGAGGAAGAUAUCGCGAGACCGACAAAUGGCAGCGGGAAAAUCGAGUUUGCGCCUCGUUGCUGGCACCCGCGAUGCACUCGCGAAGAGCGAAGAGGAAGGUAUUUUCAGUUACUGGCCAUUUUGCCAACACGAUUUAGUUGUCGUAAGAAAUUAUAUUCUUUUCGUCGUCGAGAACUUCAACAUAGAAGUAGUAACGUCAAUCAUGAUCAUAUACCAAGGCCGAACAACGACCUCCUGCAAGGAAGUUUGCGUUUCAGUUUUGUUGUUUUCUUCAACAUCUCUACCACCUAGGUACAAUCACCAUUACCAACCUUCAUGUACCUAUGCAAAGGUCUUCUCCGCGAACGUGGACAACUGGAGACGAGUCAUAUCUUGAUAGAUGAGGCGAUGGAGAACGCGCUGACAAAUCGAGAACACAUAGGACGACAGAACGAAGUUUUUAGAGACCUGAGGUCGCGAAUGGCCGGAAUAAACGCAAUGUUUCCUCGCAUGGACUCUCUCAUUGGCCGAAUCGGAACACGGAAGCGCUUCGAGAGCCUAGUCUUGCUCGGGACCACCGCGUUUUGCAUGCUCUUCAUACUUAUGAAAAAAAUUGGAGAAAACACGACAUUACUAGCUCUUUGGAGUGGUUCCCCAGGGGCAGGGGUCAACGGAAUUUCAAAACAUUUGCUAGAACAAUGAACUGCAGGUGAAUGUGCAAGAAAAGCAAACAGAUGCUUCGCCAAAAUAAAUGUGAAAUAGCAUCAGUCUCGUCUUCUGGACGAAAUGCAAGGUCAAAAUUCAAAAUCCAGAAUUCAAAAUCAAAAUUCAAGAUUUAAAAUUCAAAAUUUAAAGUUCAAAAUUCAAGAUUCAAAAUUCAAAAUUCAAAAUUCAAAAUUCAAAAUCCAGAAUUCAAAAUUCAAAAUUCAAAAUUCAAAAUUCAAAAUUCAAAAUCAAAAUUCAAAAUCAAAAUUCAAAAUCAAAAUUCAAAAUCAAAAUUCAAAAUCAAAAUUCAAAAUUCAAAAUCAAAAUUCAAAAUAUGAAAUCAAAAUCAAAACGAGGGAAAAACUUUAUACUGUAAGAGAUUAUACUUGUUAGAUUAUAGAAGUAGAGGACCUACUAACUUGUACGUAUGAUAUACCAAAAGUCCACGAGCACGAACUAGAACAAGUGUAUGCCUCUUGGACAUUCUUGGACUCUCGUAGUGGAGAUAUUAUUCAAGAAGUAGUCAGUGGUCCAUCCAUACAGAUUUUAAAUUGCGGGAGAUACAAAGAGGAGUGAUUCCACACGAAAAAACGAUGUUGAAGAUAUACUUAUUCAGAAUUUCUCUAAUCCACUCUGGUACAAGUGCAUUUGGGGUGGAUAGCGACAAGCUUGCGGCGCGUUUUUCACGAUCGCAGAUAGCACGUGUGAUCUAUUUUGAUAGAUAAAGUAGUGUUUCCAAUAUUGGAAAAUCCCCACCCAAAAGUACAUUACAUUUGCGGAGAGGGCCUUACCCAACCCCAACAGGCUAAAUGCUGCGUGGGGAAACGGGCACCAUGAAUGUUGGUGGAUGAAGGAUGUUGAAAAAAGGUAUCUACAGGACGACUCCUGUUGCGCAAAACAU